GUCAAGUUUAAAAAUCGUUGUCAGUGAUCGUCAUGGCCAAUCUGUAGACGAUCACAGUUUCUGUUAUUACAGGAGCCAUAAUUAUAUGGUUAUUCUGGCUACCUGUAAACUCAGGUAAUAUUCAGGGCCCCUGCGGGGGGAGGGAUUGGGAAAGGAGCAGGGGCUCCCCAUGUUUUGAAAAAAAAAAUGACAACAAAACUAAGUAGAAGACGUUUUCUUAUAAAAAGUGUCUUUGCUGGAAUAAGAAUGUUCGGCUGGCAGACCUCUCAAAGCAUUUAAAUUUAUUAUUGGUCCGUCAGCUCGAUCCUAUAUCUGACAAAAUUGCACUUGGUCGUAGACUUCGCGUUUUAAAACCAGCCAGGAUAAGUAGUACAUACAACAAUGCCGAAUGGAGGGUUUUUGUAUUAAGACUCUCUGUUGAAUCUAAAGACUGGUCUGCGGGGCUGCGGUUUCUUUAAACCAAUUAUAUCUGCUGAUGACGUACUGUUUUAUGCAUUAAAAGCCCAAAUUGAAAUUUAAGUUUUGAUAUCACAUGUUUCGAUGUCAUUCCAGACAAAAUGAAGGAGUUCAGGAACCUCAGAAGAUCAUGAUAAAUCAGUCAAAUUGUCACGAUCUGCAAACUUCUGAUGGUGAAUCCUGUAUGUGCAAUCAGACGCAGCAGGAGAAUCAGCGUUUUGAAGGUGAAAAACAUUGCUACGCUCAACAAUGACUCAAGAUAGGUUCAGUUCAGGCAUGGUCAAUCGAUAAACCGAUAAUCGGUAUCAAUCGAUAGGAAUCGAUGAAGAAAUAAAGUUGUGAGUUCGAUUGAUAUCGAUUUCCGAUAGAAAUCGAUAACGAUUGAUUUAUCGAAUGUUAUCGAUUAUUAUCGAUUGUUACUGGCAACGAUUGUUGUCGUUUUACAAGUUAAUCAUCGACACAAUGUGGUCUGUAUGGUUUUAUUGAGUCAUUCAAUCAUCAUAGCAUGCAAUAGGUUUACAGUUAUCAACAAAAUACCAUAGGAAAAAACAUGUAAAAAUAUUUUAAAACGCCAGAAAACCAAGUGGGAUGAACACUCCGCCUUGACUAGAUGAUGAAGUUGAUAAUAAAAUGCUUAACCUUAAACGCCUUUCUCGUAUAUUCGUUUAAUAGAUAGCAACGCCAGUCUUCUGUAAUAUGUUUAAAAUAAAUACUCUUUUAGAUUAUCGACUGUUAUCGAUAAUUAUCGAUUAUCGAUUGUUAUCGAUUUUUGCCAGUCGAUAAAAAUCGACAAUUUUUUUCUGUGAGUUCGAUUGUUAUCGAUUACCGAUAUCAAUCGAUAGCAAUCGGUGAUUGAUAUCGCUUGAUAUCGAGUGUAUCGAUUGAUUUCCGAUAUCGAUUUCUAUCGAUUGACUACGCCUGGGUUCAGUGUUCCAACAAUACUUAUGAGCCACAAAGAGAGAACAGAGGAAUUUGCCUUGCCGACGUAGCAAAUAAAUAUGCUGAUCACAACUGUUGACUGUAAUCGGAAAUUAAAUUUCGGUAAAUUUAGAGUCUACCCUCCCCCCCCCCCCCCCCCCCCGCCCCCUCAACUUUCAUAUAGGUGGUUAUCGACUCCUGAACUUAAAAAAACUGCUGCCUGGGCCCUGAUAUUAUUCCGGAAGAAAUAGAAUUUUGCAUUGAAAGUGACAGACCCGUUUCUCUAAAACGCCAGAUUACUUAUUCCAUAAGAGAAAAUAUUUUUUUUCUUACUCGUCAGAUUAAAGUAUUUCCUAGUGAAGUACAAAAAGAAAAACAUUAUAUGUGGUAGCAUUGUCGGUAAAAAAAGAACCAAUUGUCAGGAAAACGGCUGCAGAGUUAUAUUUACAUUGUUAUCAGGCUAAAUAGUUGAUUUUUCUUCUCUAUUUCCAGUCAGACAAUCCAAUAAACACACUGGUGACGAUUAAAAAUAAUGGAGUUUGAUUCUUGGAACAUCCUCUGGAGUAUAUGUUUUGGGAUGGUCGCAUUUUUCAUAAUUGUUGGAAACGCCUUCACCAUUUUCAUAUUUUCCAAACGAAAGCUUCGAAAGCGACCUCACAUUCUCUUGAUUAAUUUGGCAAUCGCGGAUUUAAUGGUUGGUUUGGUAUCCAUUCCCAUCUUCGUGACAUUUCACAACAGUUAUGUGACACGUUUACUACUUCUUGUAUUUGACUGUGCUGACAUGCUAGUGGGCCUGGCAUCUGUUUUCAUAAUUGCUGUCAUAUCGUUGGAGAGGAUGCAUGCUAUUGGGAAGCCACUCCGUCAUCGCUUUCUCAGCUCUCGGGCUUACCUUUUAGCGAUUGCUACGCCAUGGUUCUUAGCUGCAUUGGUUUCAUCUUCGAGACUUCUUUUGAAUUAUUCUAUCAUUGCUCGUCUACAUUUUGUUGCUAUUGUCAUGGUCUCCCUGACUACUCCUCUGCUCAUCACAAUUUUCUGUUACGGCUUUAUUUGGAAAACUCUAAAAGCUCGAUUACCCAAUCCACAUAGAAAUACAAACGAUGAUAAACUUGCCAAGACAAUGUUAUUGGUUACAGCGGCCUUUAUUAUCACGUGGUUUCCAUUUGAAAUAUUAGUGCUUGCUGUCCACUUAUGCGUCCCAUGCCAAAGAAUACCUGUGUCAUCAGUCUACAUUAUCAAACUCUUUCAUUUUAGCAAUUCACUUAUCAACAUUGUUAUUUACCAUUUGCGGAUCCCGGAAUUUAGAGAAAACUUU